AUGGCCAGUGCACCGCUGCUACAAGGCACGGAUGAUCCCAAGCGGAUCACCGUGGCCAUGGGUUCGGGCGAACGUGUCUUCAAGCUGGAUGGCCAGGAAGUGGUACUGCUGGGUGGGAACUACGUGAUCAAGGCCCAGCCCUACUUCCCCCCCAAGGAGAUCGUCGCGGCCAACGCCUUAGAGAUGGCGGAAGGCGUGAAGGCCAUGCUCUACAAGCCGCCCCCCGCAAAGGAUGGCACUGCGCGGGUGGUAAAGCCCUGCGUGCGCUUGGGAUGUAUGUGGGAAGGAUCCAUGCCGGACAGGGCCGGGCCCAUCGACCCCACCUGGGCGGCGAACUUGGAAUCAACCAUCAAGGCCUUCGCGGAACAGGGGGUCUACGUCUUUUUGGAGGUGCGCAAUGAUGCCUUCACAACCACCAACGGCGGAGAAGGCCUUCCAUGGUGGACCGGGGCCUACAUGCAGGACCAGGUGGACAGCAGCUCUGCCAGUGGCCAUUGCUGCUGUUGCACCACUCCUUCGUACAUCACCAACCCUGAUCAUCCCCUGAGCCUGGUGUGCCCCUCCUGGCUGGCCUGUUGUUGCUGCAUCCAACCUGUGCGCACCAAAGGGGACAACCCCUGGGCAGAUUUUGCAGUGGGCACCAACCAGGGCAACCCUGCCUCCAUGAAUGUGGGCAACCUGAGCAUGCGGCUCAAUAACAACGAUGCUGCCUGGGGCCUUGGUACUUUGAUAUGGGUCACGCAGGUGCACAACCACGCCCCGCGCUUCUACCAAUCUCACAAAAAAGAAGGGGACCGACAGAAUCUGUUCGAACCCUUCGUGGAACACAUCAAGUUCCUCUGCAGCAAGUGGGAACAGCACUGGAACUGCGUGGGGGUGGAGGUCUUGAACGAGCCAGUACUGGCUGGUUUGCCCCACCUAUAUCGCUUCAUGAGUUGCCGUCGCGACCUCUAUGAUUUCUACGGGGCCUUGUUGGAAGAGCUCGACAAGUGCGCGAUCCGAACGCCCUUGGUGUUGGAGGAUGGCUUUGGGUCGCUGGGUAGUGGGUCCAACUACAUGAGAUUCCUGUCACUGGUGCCUAUCACCAGCUUUGCUAAACAGAAAUUGCAGCAGUGGGGCGAGAAGAAUCAGCUGGUCAUGAGCAUCCAUUACUAUCCUAGCGAUGGAAAACUGUCGCACCUCAAGAAGGUGACUGCCCCAGAGUAUGUGGACAUGGCGAGGAAGCAAUCGGGCGAACUCAUGGCCAAUUCGCCCAUCUGGCUCUCAGAAUUAUGCUAUUUGACGGCCCAGGAGACCGCAAACAACUUGGCCCUGUGGGCCAACGCGGGCUGCGCAGCCGUUACCUACUGGCAGUAUGCUGACACUGAGUACACCCAGAGCUUUGGGUGGUACAAGUAUCCACCUGAGGUGAAGCAGCACGGAGAUCCGGUCGACUUUGUGGGCAUCGUGAACGAGAAGGCCUGGGCAGCGUUCAAGCCCACAGUGAAGGAUGGCACCUACUGGGGGGGGCAAAUCUGUGGCUCUGCUGGUGGCCAGACAAACGUCCUCUCCAAGGUGAAGUGA